AUGAGGCCUACGAGUCCCCUUGGGGGGCCCCCGUACUGUACCCAGCCUUCAGGGGGGGGGGCCCUCUCUAGUGUCGAGAGGGCCCUUGGGGAUGUCCUUGAAGUGAGUAGACCCGGGGGGCCCUCAGAAGAGUUUGACGGGGGCCUCCAUGAGGGCUCCAAUCUACCCCCAACCCUCGAGGGAUCGAUUCUUCCGUGCCUUAACAGCGAUACCGAUGCAGCAGCAGCUGCUGCUGCUGCAGGUACUGCAGCGGCAGAAAGUAGAGGCGUUGAUCGAGAGCCUUUGCCGGUGUGUCCCGGAGAAGCAACGACGGUGGCACCUGCGCAGGAAACCGCUGCCGCUGCAGCCGCGGCAACUGCAGCCGCCGCCGCAGCGGCGGCAGAAAUAUCCGACUUUGGGGGGACCUCCCCCAAGACCUGGGCCCCCCCCGCCCCUCCUCGUAUAUGGAGGUGGUUGUUUGAUUUCUUGGAACAGCAAAUUAAUGCCUUACCAGAGCCAGCGCCUGCAGCAGCAGCAGCACCUGCUGCUGAUCCUGCUGCCGAUGCAGCGACAGAUGUUGCAGCGCAAGCAACCGCAACUGAGGGACCGCCGAUUGAUCUGCAGCAGCAGGACCCUCCAUUCUUGACUGCAGCUGCUGUUGAUGUUGCCAAUGACGCAACAGCAGCACAAGAGGAAGCAGCAGCAGCAGAAGAAGAAACAGCUGCUGCUGCUGUAGAAUCAGGAGCAGCAACGAGGACAGCGACAAUGACGACAACAACAAGUGUAUCUGCGUCGGCUGGUGCACAGUCUGCUGCUGCUGCUGCUGCUGCACCCAGUGAGGGGCCCCCCUUAAGUUUAAGCAGCAGGUGUACAACAAGUUCGUACUUCUCUCGUACAAGUGCGGGUACAGAGGGUAUAUGGGGGCCCCUGUGGGGGCCCCCCCUAGGUUUAGGGUUGCUUGCUGCUGAGGGGAGCAGCAGCAGCGGUGCCCCCAUAGAGGGAGGAGGGGGGACCCCUCAAUCCAAAAAAGGGGGGGGCAACCACAACAACAGCAGCAGCAGCAGCAAGCAGCGGAGGGUGGGGUCGGCAGUCAUGAUCGUGCUGCAGGUGGCAUUAGAUCUGCUGCUGUCAGCACAGAGGAGGUCGCAGCUGCUGCUUGCUGCAGUAGGAGGUGGGGGACCCCAACCGCUGCUUGGGGGGACCCCUCCUCUCUACAGACCCACAGGACCGUCAAAUACACCCACUGCUGCUGCUGCCGCUGCAGCAAUACCGUGGGCAACAGUGGGAGAGACCCAAGCAGGGGAGGGGAGAUGGGGUUUACCUUCUGCUGCUGCGUGCAUGCAACAGCAGCAGCAGCAGCAGUCUUUCGCUACUGCAGCAGGAGGUCUUGAUUUAAAGAGUAUCUGCAGCUCAACAGAACCCGAGCUGCGACUCUCUCGUCUUUGUCAAGACACAAUGAGGACUUUGCUGCAGCACGUAGGGGAUGAGGGGCCCCCUGCAUCGGGGGGUCCCGCUGCUGCUGCUGGCGGAGGAGGCGCAGGAAGAGGAGGAGGAGGAGGAGGAGGAGGGGAGGGAUCAGGUAGACGAGACGGUAUAACUAUUGCUGCUGCUGCUGCUGAUGACAACAGCAACAUACAGCAACUGCUGCAUAGAUUAGAACUGACGCAGCAGCUAUUAGAGCAGCAGCAGCAGCAGCUGGAAGCAGCACUAGGGGGAUUCAGCCGCUCCGCAGCAAACUUUGCUGCUCCUGCUGCCGCUGUUCCUUUGAAGGAGCAGACGGGGGGGCCACGAAGGGGGAGGGCCGCUGGUAGUAAUCUGUACCCUAUGGGGUCCUCUCGUGCUGAGGAGAUAAAGCAGCUGAUACGUAGGACACAACACGAGGUGCAGCAGCAGCAACAGCAGCAGCAGCAAAGUCUUGAUGUAUUAAAGGGACUCUUGUCAGAGUCCCAUACUUUGCUGCAGCGGCUAGAGGCAGUGCAGCAGCAGCUGCAGCAGCAAGCAUGGCUGACGGGUGUGCAGCUGCGGGGACCCCCUGCAUGCGGUGGUCCUGCAGCUGCUGCUGCUGCUGCAGUGGGUUCUGUGGCUGGUGCAGCAGGUGAGGCUGCUCGUGGUGCAACAGCUGCUGCUGCUGCUGCCGCGGCUGCUGCUACUGCUGCAGCACGAUCUCGAGAGAUGCUGCGGCUGCGGGUGCAGCAGGAAGAUGAAGUUGCUGCUAUUAACAUGGGGUAUAGAGAACUAGAGGAGCAGCUAACAGCCAUGAGGCAGAGUUUAUUAGCUAUAGCAAGAGCUAAAGAGGAGACAGAAGCAGCAGCAGCUGCUGCAGCAGCAGGAGGUGCAGCAGCAGCAGCAGUCGCAGAAGAUGGGUCUAUUGUGGGGUUGCUUGAUGAUCCUUCCCCUCCUUCUUUAGGUUGCUGCUCUCCUCGUCCUCAGCUGCAGCCUGUGUAUGAACUCAGCCCGCAUGCAGCAGCAGCAGAGCUGCAGCAACAGCAGCAGCAGCAACAGCAACCCGUUCUGCUGCUGCUGCCAGCAGCAACCCCUCGUAUAGAAAUACUACAAAGUCCUUCCUUUCAACCUUUUGUUAAUUGGCGAAGAGGAGACUUUGCUGCUGUACAAAUAUUUACUACCCGUAAUCUUAUUAUUGAUGAACAAUUUAUACCUCCUGCUGCCGCUGCAGCAACAAAUGAUGUUGAUGAGGGAGAUGAAGAAGCUGCUGAUGGUGGAGUUGGGUCGCAUCCUGCUGCAGCUGCUGCAGCUGCUGCAACAGCUGGUACACGAUCGACUACUACUACUACUACUGCAUCUGCUGCAGCUGCUCCUCCUUCAGCAGGAGCAGAUGGUGAAGGUUACAAUACCCAUCAUCCUCCUCCUCGUGUAGUCGUCUUUACAGUAAGAGAUGAGGGGGGGCCCCCUGAAAACAGCAAGGAGGCCCUAAGACUAAUAGAGGGUGCUGAUUUAAGUGUCACCGUUUGGAGGCCCUACAUCUCUAUUGAAUGUACUGAACAAUGGGAACCAGAGGUAUACAUAGGCCCCUGCUGCAGCAGCUGCAGCAGCAGCUGUAGUAGUAGUGGUAGUUGUAGUAGUGGUAGCAGCGUAGGGCAGCCAGCAACAGCAGCAGCUACAAGUGCAGCAACAGCAGGGCAUAUUGUUAUAUAUGGUGCAUGCAAGCCAACACUAGAAGAAAGAACUGCCUUAACAGCAGCAGGUCAUAUGCAAAUGUAA